CAAAAAGUGGCCGCCGUAUUGUUGUCAUUCUCAAAUCUUCAUAUCAAAUUGCCAUGAUUUGAUGCGUGUGACUUGAUCAGGUAAUCUACAUCCACAAUUCCUGAAAACAGAAUGACCGCCAACAAUUGUGACGAGUACUGUGAGACAUCGAUGGAGAAUAUCCCAGAAUCGGAAUCUACGGAUCCUAAGUCUACUGAAACAGAUUAUCCUCAAGACGUGACUGCAGUAGCUGGGAAGAGAACGCAGGCUCUCAAAUCAACCCUCAACUUCCUGGAGCAAGAGCUUGAAACAAAUUUCUCCUCCCCUCAAGCUGAAAGCUCACUGCGACUCGUACUCGGACUCGGAUGACCGCUUCGACCGCCAAGAAAAUGACUAUUCGGAUCCUUUUUACAUCUCUCUAACUGACCUACGUUUCCUGGUAGAAUAUAAUGAAAAUCGGAUCAGUCUCAUUCCUUGCAGCAACAGGGACAUGACAGAAGGCUACGUCAUGGGAUCAAAACUAGCGAAAGUACUGAUUGUGAGAUAGAUAUCAUCAAAAGUUAGGUAAUAGCUGUAUGUAUGUCUAUAAGUAGGUUCAGAUUGAUGGCGGAGGAUCCACGAGGUGAUUAUUGUUGGCAGGUGUCAGCGAGGCUCUCGCUGCUGCUAUAAUCGUUCAAAGAGCAUGGAGAGCAAUUUUGCAGCAUCGUUGGGCGAAGAGGAAAAGAUAAAAAAAGAAGUAAAAGAUUGACAUCGCAAAAAGUUCGUAGCAACUUUAGCGCGCGGCAAAGUGAUCAGCAAUACUUGCCGCGUAACCGUAGAAGUCAAACUCGUAGAAGUGUACGAAUUACGCCUACCACUGCGAUGAAAACACUGAUAUAUAAGCUUAUUCCUAGUCGUUACGAAUUUUGAGCGAUACCCUAUUGGUCACUGAGGGAUAGAAAAAAUUCAAGAAGAACCCCCUUCUACCGGUCCUAACUCUUUGCUCGAUCAAGUGCCUCACACUUUGAGUACAACUUUUGAAAAGUAAAGAUCGCUUUGAACAAAUUAAUCGUUGAAAUAAAGAACACCCUCUUACGAUUAUUUUCUAGAAUAAAACAAAAAAAUUGAUAGUGAUAUUUGUUGUCGAUAAUUCAAGUUAAAUAUUUUGAAUUGAACAUACACGUGUGUGUUUUGUUUUUCUUCGUUCUAAAGUAACGGAAGUCUUCUUUCUUCUAAGUUUGAUCUUCAACAAUAGAAAAAUACAAUGAAAAAAUUUGACGCCGAAAGGUCGGCCCGGCGGGAAGAAGAGCUAAGGGCUGAAAUUCAAAAAUUGAAAGGUGCAUUGGAAGCGAAGAUUGCCGAAGGCGCGGCACAAAAGAGUGAAAAUCUUCAAUUAAAGGGUGCAUUGCAGACAAAGAUUGCCGAAGGCGCGGCACAAAAGGCUGAAAUUCAAAAAUUGAAAGGUGCAUUGCAGACAAAGAUUGCCGAAGGCGCGGCACAAAAGAGUGAAAAUGUCGAAUUAGAGGAUGCAUUGCAGACAAAGAUUGCCGAAGGCGCGGCACAAAAGGCUGAAAUUCAAAAAUUGAAAGGUGCAUUGCAGACAAAGAUUGCCGAAGGCGCGGCACAAAAGAGUGAAAAUGUCGAAUUAGAGGAUGCAUUGCAGACAAAGAUUGCCGAAGGCGCGGCACAAAAGGCUGAAAUUCAAAAAUUGAAAGGUGCAUUGCAGACAAAGAUUGCCGAAGGCGCGGCACAAAAGAGUGAAAAUGUCGAAUUAGAGGAUGCAUUGCAGACAAAGAUUGCCGAAGGCGCGGCACAAAAGGCUGAAAUUCAAAAAUUGAAAGGUGCAUUGGAAGCGAAGAUUGCCGAAGGCGCGGCACAAAAGGCUGAAAUUCAAAAAUUGAAAGGUGCAUUGGAAGCGAAAAAAGAAACAGAGGGUCAGGCCCAGGCUCCGGUCCCUGAGAAGACUGAGGUGAUCGCCGCAUCGACCCCAGCUCUAAUCGCCCAGCCCCGGAUGCAUGCACGGUCGCGCUCUAGGUCCCCGCGACCUUUUACUUUAGCGGAGGAUCUGCAGAUCCUCCGCUAUUUGACGGAGGGGGCCGAGGGGCGCUUGGCCCGAUUCCGGGGCAUGACCGUUUGGCAAGAGCUGGCCGCGACCGAACUUCUACCGGGGAGGUCUGCUCAUACAUUGAGCGGCCGAUUCAGGAAGGUGAUCCUGAAUCGGAUCGAGGACUACUCCGAUCUCCCCGAAAGAGUUCGGUCGGCGGUGAUCGCCGAACGGGACGGACCAGGGAUAGAAUGGCUGUAGGCAUAUUCACUUCUAAAAAUUAAUAAAAUUUUUUUUAUAUUAUUGUAUUUUUCUUUUUUUGUUUUGAUUUUUUUGUCCAAAUUUUUGAUUUUCUAAUAAAACUUAUGCAUUUCUCUUACUCUGUUACUACUAAUUUACUUAAUAGUGUGCAAUAUAACGUAAUUAUUCACGAA